UUACUCGGAUAUUCAUUUUUCUUACGUUUGAUUUUUCUGAAGGCUUCAAUCGAAUAUCACCUCAAAAAGUCGGGUAAACAGAUUGUCCGCACACGAGGAGGAAGAUGGUUGGGAACGGAUCGGGUACCGAAUAUGGAACCCGGCCCACUGACGCCACCGUCUGGCCCACCCGCACGCGUGUUUGUAGUUUUUUGAAACGUCUCUUUCUUUUUUGUCGUAGUCAAACACCGGAACAGUUGAACAGAGAGAACAAGGAAAGGGGACCGUGGAGUCCGGUCUCCAAAAGAGGGCAAGUAGGAAAUGGGGAGGAAGAAAACGAGGUCUGAUGUAUAUAAAAAAAAUUAAAAAUACGAAGUUGGAGAGGUCAAAAAUGACGGUUCCCUCACCGCACAUGUAUGCACAUAUUCGGCGGGAGUUGGCCAAGACAGGCGGCAGGCUAAAGGAGUUGGGGAGGAAGACAGGGAGACACGUGAGCUUGGCACAGGGGCAGAAGAAAAGCGAGGGGGAAGGAGGAUCGCGCCGGCAACCCACAAAAACGAGGUGGUUUAAGUUGUAGCGGUUUUGGAUGAUCCGCAAGGGUGGAGAGAUUUAGGGGAAUGAUCGUGUUCUGGCCGCAGCUCGUCGGCGUCGUGCUGCUCGUCUUUGUCGCCGCGGUGGUCGUGGAUGGGAGCUCUCUUCAGUCGGACAAGGACGCACUGAUCGACCUCAAGCGGUUCCUCCAACAAAACAACGCCGCGCACUGGGGAAAGUAUGAGCAGUGGCGCGAGGGCGACGCUUCGCCUUGCGGUUGGUCGGGGAUCGUGUGCACGGGAAGCAGGGUCACCGGGAUCGACCUCUCCAACUCCAUGCCGCAGACGCAGGGGAUGCUUUACCCGCACUUCUCCUCGCUCACGGCGCUCGCUUCCCUCGAUCUCUCCGGCAACGCCUUCAGCGGACCGAUUCCGGCGGACCUCGGGCAGUGCGCGUCGCUCCGCUACCUCAACCUCUCGUACAACAUCCUUGAAUCGGGGCUUGAUGUCUCCCGGCUCGUGAACCUCGAGACGCUCGACGUCACCGUGAACCGGCUCAACGGCACCAUCAAUGCGACCUUCCCGCUCAACUGCAGCAGCCUCGUUGCGGUUAACCUCUCCAGUAACUGGUUUACCGGCGACAUUAACGGUUGUUUCGAUCGGUGCACGCGGCUCCAGAAACUUGACCUCAGUUCCAAUUUUUUCAGUGGACCGCUGUGGCAGGGGUUCGCACGGCUUAAGGAAUUCUCCGUCUCGGAGAACAAUCACAUCUACGGCGUCUUCUCCUCGCAGGCAUUCGCCGGCGGAUGCGAGCUCGUAGUGUUGGACCUUUCGGAGAAUGAGAUUGGGGGCACCAUUCCUGCUGAAAUUGCAAGAUGUCGUGGACUGGCAGUGCUGAAUUUGUGGGGGAACAAGCUCUCUGGGAAGAUACCGACUGAGAUCGGCCUUCUGAAAGAGCUCCGUGUGUUCAACUUAGGGAACAACAGCUUUCAUCCUGAUAUCCCUGUGAGCCUCGUGAAUUGUUCCAAAUUGUCGUUUCUAGACCUCAGCAGGAACAACUUCUCCGGGGAUGUCCCGAAGACGAUUGGAGAAUUCCGGCAGAUCAAGACCCUAGCCCUCCAUGGAAACUCUUUCACGGGUGGUAUCGUCUCCUCCGGCCUUCUGAAAAUUCCCAACCUAACGCGGCUCGACCUAAGCUCCAAUAAGUUUUCCGGUGACCUUCCGGUGGAACUCACCCAAGUCUCGAGCUUAAAGUACCUCAUCCUCUCGAAUAACUCCUUUUCCGGGAGCAUCCCCCCGGAGUUCGGCAACCUCACGGGGCUCCAAGCCCUUGAUAUCUCCUACAACAACCUGACAGGAACGAUCCCGCCCGAGAUUGGAAAAUUAACGUCGCUAUUGUGGUUGAUGCUAGCUCAGAACAUGCUCACAGGCGAGAUCCCUCGAGAGAUUGGCAACUGUAGCAGCCUGUUGUGGCUGAACCUCGCCGACAACAUGCUUUCUGGCGCUCUCCCUGUUGAGCUAUCCAUGAUUGGGACCAACGCCGAGAAGACUUUCGCCUUCAACAGGCAGAACCUCGUCGACCCUAUCGGUUCCGGUGAGUGCCUCGUGAUGAAGCGAUGGAUUCCGGCGAUGUACCAGCCGUUCAGCUUCGUGUACACUCUCCUUACCAGGAAGAGUUGUAGGGGAUUAUGGGACAGCGUCCUCAGAGGCGAACCGCUCUUUCCCAUCUGCGUGAGAGACGGCGACAAGGUCAAAACAGAACUGGCCGUCUCCGGCUACCUGCAACUCACUGGGAAUAACUUAUCCGGACAGAUUCCACCUUCUUUAUCGAACAUGAAGAGGCUUAGCCUAAUUAAUCUCGGGUACAACAACCUCUCCGGCAGCCUUCCACCGGAGAUUGGAAGGAUUCCGCUAAAAGUACUAAACCUCACGUACAACAGCAUCUCUGGCCGGAUCCCGGACGAGCUAGGCGACCUCACUUGCUUGGAGAUUCUGGACCUCUCCUUCAACAACUUCUCCGGGGAGUUUCCAUCUGCCGCGCUGUCUCGCCUCCACCAGUUGAACAAGCUCAACGUCUCGUUCAACAAGCUGCUCACCGGCACCGUGACGAUGGCGGGACAGCUCCUCACCUUCGACAACGAUUCGUUCAUCGGUGACCCUCUUCUUUGCGUCCUUUCGCGCCCCGAUUCCGCGGCUUGCCACCACACCUCUCAGCUCCCGAUCGCGCCGCAGCCGUUGGAUCGCCGGAGGUUGCCGAGGCCGCCAAGGAGAACGAUCAUCUCGCUGGUCCUGCCGGCCCUCAGCCUGGGCAUCAUUCUCUGCGCGAUCCUCGUUCUCAUUUUCUGUCACGUCGCCCGUCCCUCCGACGACGCCCCAGUAGUCGAGAUGGCGCUCGUGGGCAAGAAGAUGGCCGACGACUCCGCGGGUUGCUCCUCCUCGUCCCAGCCUUCCAGCAGCUCCGACCCGGUAAAGGUCUUUCGCCUGGACAAGACAGCCUUCACCUACACGGACAUCCUGUUCGCCACUGAGCAUUUCUCAGAAAGGAGGGUCGUCGGGAGCGGCGGCUUCGGGAAGGUAUACAGGGGAGUGCUCCCGGACGGCAGGGAGGUCGCGGUGAAAAAGCUGCUGCGGGAGGGGGCGGAGGCGGAGAAGGAGUUCCGCGCCGAGAUGGAGGUACUCAGCGGCGGCGAGAUGGGGUGGCGCCACCCUAACCUGGUGGCGCUCUACGGGUGGUGCCUCUUCGGCGCGGAGAAGCUCCUGGUCUACGAAUACAUACCGGGAGGGAGCUUGGAAGAGGCGAUAUCCGUCGGACGACUUGGAGGGUGGCGCCGGCGGGUGGAGAUGGCGGAAGGGGUGGCGCGAGCGCUGGUCUACCUCCACCACGAGUGUUACCCGGCGGUGGUGCACCGGGACGUGAAGUCGAGCAACGUGCUGCUGGACGCGGAGGGAAGGGCAAGGGUCACGGACUUCGGGCUCGCGCGGGUGAUGGGGCCCGGGGAUAGCCACGUUAGCACGGUCAUCGCGGGGUCCGUGGGGUACGUGGCGCCGGAAUACGGACAGACGUGGAGGGCCACCACGAAGGGCGAUGUGUAUAGCUACGGGGUGCUGCUGAUGGAGCUGGUGACGGGGCGGAAGGCGAUCGGAGGGGUGGAGGGCGACCGGACGGAGGGGGCGUGCCUGGUGGAAUGGGUGAAGGGGCUGGAGGCGGGGCCGGCCGGGCUGAGGAAGGCUGUGGACACUGCCAUCGAAUGGGGGGAUGGCUACGGCCGGAUGGCGAGGGUGCUGGAGCUGGCGCUGUGGUGUACGGCGGAGAUCCCGCAGCGGCGGCCGGACAUGAAGGAGGUGCUGGCGACGCUGGUGGAGAUCAGGGGCGGGUCCCGUUCACCAACCUCGCCUUCCAGAUAGAGACAAUCAUUGACGACUUGUCCCUAUUCUGUGCAUACGACAUUGAUUAUUGUCAAUUUUUUUCGCAUUGACCAAAAAGUUUCGCCUGUUUGAUGGUCAAGGGGGAGGGUGGGGGUUUUCUGACUUUUGCUGCGAUUAUUAGUCAAAGAAAGCGUGCUUUACUCGUCCUUGGAGUUGGACCACUUGCGUCGCCUCCUCACGGGGCUGGUCUGGUGUACAUUUUACUUGUUCAAUUUUUCAAUUUUGUGUAUUCUAUUGUUUGAUUUCCUAA